UCGAACCUGUUGUUUGGGCGGGAAGUGAAAGUGACGCCAUUUUCUCUGUUUUCAUGCCGAUAAAUGAUGUGGAAUGCCGUUGCAUAUUAUUUAAAUCACCCUCCUGAUUGAUCUUACAAAUACUUUCGUGUUUGCUGUUUUCAUAAUUAUAAAUUGUUUAAUUUGUAGAAUUGUUGAUAAAAGACAUUCAUCAUGUUUUAUGCACAUUUUGUAUUGAGCAAGAAAGGACCGCUCGCUAGAAUUUGGUUAGCUGCCCAUUGGGACAAGAAACUUACGAAGGCUCAUGUGUUUGAAACUAAUAUAGACAGCAGUGUGGAAGCUAUCAUGCAGCCUCAGGUUAAGUUGGCUUUACGGACCUCUGGACAUUUACUGUUGGGUGUAUGCAGAAUCUACUCCAGGAAAGCCAAGUACCUGUUGGCGGACUGUAAUGAAGCUUUUGUCAAGAUUAAAAUGGCUUUCCGACCAGGUGUUGUAGAUCUCCCCGAGGAGAAUCGUGAGGCAGCGGUAGCAGCCAUUACUCUUCAGGAAAAUUUCCAUGACUUUGAUACAACAUUGGCUGAUCUUAAUGAUUUUGAUGUACAAGCCCAGUUUUCUGUGAAUCAGAGCCGACCAGAAGAAAUCACAAUGAGAGAAGACCUGUCCAGCAUUACUUUUGUGGGGGAUGAUGGAUUUGGUGAUAUUGGUUUUGAUGACAGGGAAAUCCUUCGUGACGCCACAUCAUUUGAGGAAUCUCUCUACAAACAGCCAGAUCAUGAACCUCUUGUUGAAGAAAAAACCCUCAACGAGAAUGCUAAUGAGAAACCAAUGGACGUAGAUAAUGAAAUUCAAGCACCAAUGGAUGAUGAUCUUAGUCCUGUUGAUGGAGGAUUUAUGGAUGAUGAUGACGACGAUGAUGAUGAUGGAGGAGGAUUUGGGGGUGGAGUUGAUCAAGAAUUCUUUGGUGACGAUGACUUUAUGAAUUCGGGAGGAUUGUUUGAGGAUGCCCCUGUGGCCGACGUGUCAAUGCCACAAGCACCUGAGGCAGAAACAACCAUAUCAAAACCAACAGAAGAGGAUACGUCCAAGAUACCCGAAGAGUUAGAACCAGCAGCACCACAGACGACAUCCAUGGCCAGUAUUGUAGGUCCGGUAGGGGAACAAACAACACUCAUUAAUAAUGAAGAAGAGGCUUUUGCCUUACCUCCCUUGGAUGCCACUAUAUUCCCAGGAACAGAAGGCAAAAGGCGAAGAAAGAGAAAACUGAUUGUAGAUGAACAAAAGGGGUUCCCUGGUGAAACAAUGAAAUUACAAUUAUCAGAUACAUCAGAUAUCAUCAGUACAUUAGAUCUGGCUCCACCAACCAAAAAACUCAUGCAUUGGAAGGAAACAGGGGGCGUGGAGAAACUUUUCUCAUUACCUGGUAGAAAUAUUGUCUCUAAAGUAACUUCUAAGCUAUUUUCAAGAAACUUGAUAACCAAACAAGUAAAGGAUGACGAACCCGAACAAGAAGACUUCUUACAGUUAGAGGAAGAAGAAAUUGCUAGGAACGACAAAUCUCAAGAUAAAUCACGAGCAAGAGAAGAAUUCAGUACAAUAAUGGAAGAACCGUCAAUACUAGACACAUCCACCAAAUCCAAUUUACCCGAUCGCCAUUCUAUACAGCCUGCUGUUGAUCGACAAUCAAUACAACCAACUCUCCAAGAUACCACCAACCCUCAGGACUUGCUGGUCAAUACCUUUACAGAGGAAGUGCCUCAACCUCAGUUAGACGUGUCAGAACCACAACUACCGCAGCCUCAGUUUGAUCAGUAUGAAGAUCCCCCAUCAAUAGCACCAUUCUCUGUACCACCCCCAUCAGUACCUCCCCCAUCGGUACCCCCACAGGCUGAAGUUCCAGCUUUCAGAACAGAUGAAGACCUAGAAAACGAACUUAUGCCAGAAAAUGAAGAACAGGAAGAGAAGAGACUUACAAAACGUACACAUCAAAUGCAGCAUGCUUUAGAAUUAGCAUUUAGAUACAAUAAUAGACUCAGUUUUGCUGAAAUGUCACGUAAUUUAUACAAAAAACAAUCAGCAUCCCGGUUUUAUACUUUGUUGGUUCUUAAGAAGUUUCAGGCUGUCGAAGUUAGUCAACAGAAAGAGUUUGGGGACAUUUGGAUCAGUAAAGGACCACAGUUUGGCCUGGUGUCAUGAGUGGACUUUUAGUGAACUGAGGACUAGGACAAUGUCUAAAAAAAACCUGUUUAUGUUGUUAAAAAGGAGAAAAUAUAGGCAACUAUUGUAUUUUGACAGGUCUGGAAGAUGUUAAAAAGAAGUAAUGAUUAUGAUCUUUAUGUGUAGAAAUAUCUGGAUUCUUAUCAAGUUUUAUGUCUAUGAUUCUGUACAAAGUUUAUCAUACAACUGUCAUUGAUACUGGCAACAUAUGUGUCAGUAGAAUAGUCUGUGAAAGUGAAUCUUUGAUAUAAAAGUGUCAACAGUUUUAUUUUCAAAACCAGGUUUAAGGAUCUAACAAUCAACAUACUGUGGAUUCAUUUAUUUUGAUGAUGAAAGGAAAAUUAGCUUUUUCAAGAGGUACUUAAUUUCCUGGUUUCAUUUUUACUCCUUUCAAAUUUAUUAAAAAACAUUAUUUGUAUUGUGGUUUUCCCCACCUUCAUGAUAGAGACCUAUAAAAGUCCUGAAAAUUGUUAUCACAGUUGGAUAAAUCCACAGCAAACAGAAAAUACAUCAAAUGCAAUCAGCAAUGUUAGAAUUUUAUGUAAAUUUUGAAACAUUUGAAAUAUUUUAGAGUUGUGAAAAGAAUACUAUUUUUUUAUGGUUUUAUUUUAAACUAUUUGAUUUUAUGUAACUUACAUUCAUACAUCCUACAUUGCUUGGCUCGGAGGGUUCAUGUCAGGAUUAAUAUCAUGAAAUAUUUUUGCAACAUAUUUAAGGGUGUACACUCAACUUAUAUCUUUGAAUGAACAUAUGUCUGCCACCAUUUUACAGAUAACAAGGAAUAACUUAAACAACUAAUAUCUAGCUGCUGCAGAGCUCAUAUUUUGAUGCUUUAGUUUGUUUUUUGGCUUUAUGACUCAUCAAUUCUGAAAUUAAAAGCUUUCAUGUAGGAUUUGGUAAAAUUUCUUAAAAAUACGGUAAUAAAAUUCAAAUUAAAUAAAAAUCUGAAAGAAAAGUAAUGCCAGCGAAAAAUUUAAUGUCAUUGUUUUUUUAGGGAAAUCAGAAAUAAAAAGUUCUAUAUCUUUAAAAGUCUGGAGUGGCCUAAUUCUUUAAAUAACUGUGUACCUGUAAUAUGAUGUAAGAAUUUAUAAUUGAUGUAAGGGGCUGUAAUUAUGUAUGAUAUAGAUUACACUUGUUCUGAUGAUACAAAUAUAUAAUUAUGAAUGAUGUAAGUGACCUUGUUUCUAAUGAUAUAAGGAACUUUGUGUGUCUGGUGUAAGGGCUUUUUCAUAAAAUUGAAUGUACUAGGGUCAGAAGGUAUUAAUUUUGUCCAUUGCAGUAAUAGUAUGUGAACAACUUCAUCAUUGAACUAAUGAAGAAAUCCACACCAUAAGGGGUAAUGUGAUCAUUUAAAAGGCCCAGGAUUUUAGUAUAAAUAAAUAAUUAACUUUGGUCAAAGUUAAUUGGCCGACUGUAGGGACAUACAUAGUGGAUAUAUUUGUAUCUUUCUUGUCAUAAUACACUGAUGUCAUCUAUCUUCAGAUACCACACUUUAACCAAUUAUAAGCAUUUUAUUAGAAAUCUUAACUUACAUUUUUUGUUAAGGUCUAAGUUUUAUUGGAAUAAACAUGACCUGUUUUCCAUAUAGGUAAAAAUUAAAGUGUAAAUUGGUCAUCUUCUUGUGAUGUUACACAAAGAAAGAGAUUUGCUAAAAUCCUGUAUGUGUAUUGACCUUCUGACCUCUAUUACAGUCUAUUUAUAUGGACUAGCGAUAUUAUUGUCCUUGUUAAUUAUGCUGUACCAUUGUUGAUAAAGGCAGCUUUACGUGUUCUGUCGUAUAUAGUUUAUUCUGUUAUUUAUUGUAAUACAUUGUGUGUUUUUAGUGUUAAUCGUAGGCUCAUUUCAAUUUUUCAAAACCUUUCAGCAUGUUAAAUGAAAACCAAACCAUAAUUUAUUCUCACUUGCAUAUAUCUUGGGAUAUAGAACACUCGUAUAAAUUGAUGUCUGUUUUUCGACUUUAAAAACACUUGAUACAUUUUGCCUGCUAUUUUUUUAAAGCAGGGGAAAGGGGGAUUAGAUGCUUUUUCAAUGGACUAUUGUACAGGAAUUUCUUGCAUGUGACAUUUGUCAGUUGUAAAAAACAUGCAUAAUUUGGAAAUUGGAUGUACUGAAAUUUCCACAAAAUAUGAUGUUACCAUAAGAAAAUUAUUCUAUGAAACAUUCAACGAUGGUUUAAUGACUGCAUAAUUGUAAAUGCUUAGUUUACUAAAUCAAUUUUAUACCUGUUACUAGGGAAUUACAACACAUCUAAUAUAAAAAAGAGAUAUUUUUAUUUGUUUCAAAGCUCCAAAGUAGAAACUUUAAUACCUGUCAUAUUAAUAGUGAUUUAUAAGAGUUAUUUCCCUUGUUUGUUGAACAAAUUGUGAUUACAAGGAAGAUAGCUUUUGGUCACUCUUAUUUAUUAAUUUUAUAAAAAAGGUUUUUUCUCAAAUACUGUAUGUAUAUUUUCUUAUAAUACACAAGAUAAAAGAACAAAAUUUGAUAUUUCAAAUGUAUGAAAUAACUUUUAAUAGUAACAUAAAGAGAAGUCCUCUGAAAUCAGUGUAUAUGAUGUGUUCACAUAAGUUUUAAUUGUUUUAGGUCAUUGAAGUUUUGCUUUUAAAAAGUUUCCAUUUUAAAGACAACUGUUAAAAUUGACAAACACAUUUUUAUAGUCAUAUCAUCUAUAUCAAUCAUUCAUUAUCAUUCAUAUUUUAUAAUAAAACAUGUUUUAAGACUUUAGAA